AUGAAGCUAAUAUGGAUCGCAUUAUUAUUAUUAUUAUUAUUAUUAUUAUUAUUAUUAUUAUUAUUAUUAUUAUUAUUAUUAUUAUUAUUAUUAUUAUUAAUAAUUAUUAUUAUUAUUAUUAUUAUUAUUAUUAUUAUUAUUAUUAUUAUUAUUAUUAUUAUUAUUAUUAUUAUUAUUAUUAUUAUUAUUAUUUAUCGCAAUACGUAUACAACACCCUCAUAA